AUGCAUGUGGAUGAGAAGUUACCUGAUGAGAAUCCUAAAAGUGUGAUGAUUGAAUUACUCAGCAAGUACAAAGAUGUCUUUACAGAACCUGUGGGCUUACUACCAAGAAGUGCCUUUGAUUAUCCAAUCAAUCUCAAGGAGGGUACUACUCCUUGGCCUAUACCUAAAACCUUGAAGUCUCUAAGAGGGUUUUUAGGUUUAACAAGCUACUAUAGGAAAUUCAUAAAGGGCUAUGGGUCUAUAGGAGCUCCAUUAACAGAACUGUUGAAGAAGAAUUCUUUUCAUUGGGGUGAAGAAGCUGCUACAACUUUUGAAAUGUUGAAGAAGGCUGUCAAUAAUAUUCCUGUUUUGAGGUUACCAGAUUUUACUAAAGCAUUCACUAUUGAAUGUGAUACUUCUGGAGUGGGGCUUGUGGCUGUAUUGAUGCAAGAAGCUUAG